AUCAUUCUUAAUUUAACUUUUAAAAGCAGUGGACUGUGUUGUUCCUAAUAAUUCUUCUUUAUUUUUCUACAAUUAUUGUUAAAAUAAAACAACUUUUUGAUAACUUCAAAUGAUCGCGUUAAAAAAAAAAACAAUUGAAAUAAUUUAACUUGACCUUAGAAUCAAAAAGUGCGAAGAUUAUAGAAUAUAGAAAGAUUUGGGUAAUUCCAAAUUCUCAAGGGGGGAAAACCAUCCACGAUAAGCAUACUAUCACUUAAGUGCAUUGAGAUUUGAGACAGUGCGAAAAGGCCGGUUCAUCAUUUAGAAUGACAAGCAACAAGUUUAUAAAGUUAAUAUUUUCUUUAGCAGCAUUAUUACCAGCUUUAGCUGAUGAAUCUUCACCGAUUUGGGGCUAUGAAUGCAACCGAAACAAAUGCAUAAAAGUUCCUUUUCGAAAUAAAUACAGUACCCAAAGCUUAGGAGUAUGCAAAUUAGUAUGCGGUGGUGGAGAAAUUGGAACUCUUUGGCCUAAACCAACUGGUUCGGUUAAAGUUGGUGAUGUUGUUGCUUCAAUUAAUCAUAAGAAGAUAAAUUUUGAUAUCACACAAAAAUCUGUAAGUAAUUCGAUUUGGCAAAAAGUUGAAGAACGAUUCUUUGGACAGCUCAUUGCAAAAAUACCUCAAUCUGGUUUGGGAAAAAAUGAAGAAAUAAAACCUUUGCUUAUCAAAAUUGUCUUAACAGACAAUAACGAAGUACUUCCAAAGCUUACUUAUGAUACCGAUGAGAGUUAUGUGUUAAACAUUAGCGAAGAUAAAACACAGAUUUUGGUCGAAAUCAGUGCACGAACGUAUUUUGGAGCUAGACAUGGUUUAGAAACUUUAUCACAGUUGAUCGUGUAUAAUGAUCAUGGAAGAUGUCUCGAUAUAUUGAUCGAUACCAUUAUAAAUGAUUCGCCAAUUUACAAGCAUCGAGGCAUCUUACUUGAUACCGCAAAAAAUUAUUUCAGUUUGCAAUCAAUCAAAAGGACUCUUGAUGGCAUGGCUAUGAGUAAACUCAACACCUUCCACUGGCAUAUAGUAGAUUCAAAUAGUUUCCCAAUGGUGAUAAAAUCACAUCCAAAUUUACACACAUUAGGAGCAUAUUCACCAGAAAAAAUCUACACUCCUCAAGAUAUCGUCGAAAUUGUGAGAUAUGCACAGAUCCGUGGAAUUCGUGUUAUUCCUGAAUUUGGAGGACCAGCACACGUUGGCCAAGGAUGGCAGAAAGAGAAUGUAACAGUUUGUUUAAAUGCUCAUACUCGGACGAAGUUUUGUCCCAAACCACCUUGUGGACAACUCGAUCCAACUCUUGACAGAACUUAUGAAAUACUAGAAGAUAUUUACUCGGAAAUGAUUAAAUCUUUCAAACCCAACAUCUUCCACAUGGGAGGUGAUUCAGCAGUAAUAUCCUGUUGGAAUUCCUCGCAAUCGAUUCAGAAUUGGAUGCAAAACAAAAAUUUGACUUUGAAAAAAAGAGUAGGCUUUAUUGAAUUGUGGGGACAUUUUCAAGCCAAUGCUUUAGCCAGUCUUGAUAAGGUUUCCAAAGAAAGUAACAUUCCAAUUGUUGUGUGGGCUAGUAUAUUGACAAAUCCACCAUUUGUUAAUAAAUUUAUUGACAAGUCACGUUACAUCAUACAAACUGGAGCUAAUUGUCCGGCAGAAUUUAUACCACGGGCUCUCAAGAAUGGCCUAAGAUUGAUUUCAACAAAUUUGGUCAUUACUGGUCGAAAUAAUAGCAAUGAUGGUUGGAAAAAGUUUUAUGAAAAUAGUCCUGACCUCAUAUUUGGUUUGGCGAAUAAACUUAUUUUAGGAUCUGAGGCAGCUAUUUGGUCCGAAAGAAUUGACGAAUUAAGUUUGGAUGGAUUGUUGUGGCCCAAAGCAAGUGCUCUUGCAGAAAGAUUGUGGUCGAAUCCAAUGACAGAUUGGCACAGUGCAGAAAAUCGAUUAUUGAUGCAUCGGGAAAUGUUAGCACAAAACGGAUUGGCACCACAAGCUCUACCUGAGCCGAAGCGGAAUACAAUGUAUAAGUCGACGAGUACUCGAACGGCCCCAAAAAGGAAAGCUCCAAAAAAUAAUAAAAUUAAAACUAAUUUUAUUAGUCUUUAGAAUAAGUAUUAAGCU